UCAUUAAUGAGACAAGGAAAUACCGCGCGAAAGGAAACAACCUAUGUUUUCAUUCAGGUUUAGACUAGAUCUAGAAGAAAUAUAGAGCUAGAUCUAGACCUAGAAUCUAGUAAUCUGUAAUCUAGACUAGACUAUAUACUAUAUAGACUUUAAUCAAGAUCUUUGCUUUAUAUAUGAUCAGCAAUCUAACAGCGAAAAAAAUUUGUGUAGGGCAUAAAAUAGCUCUUUAUAUCCGCUUUUUCUAAAUCUGGAAGUGUAACUUAGUGAAGUGUAAGUCCUGUAAGAGUAAGUAUCUAGAAGAUAUUGAAGACAGAUUAAAUCUGAUAAUCAUUUUGUGCACAACUUGAGAAGGAUCUUUUCAAAUGGCUACGACUACGGAAAGCUCAACUUCAGCUGUGGACUCAGUUGAAAAGCUUGAAGUUAUGAAGAAAGCUGCAGAUUUACUGGCUCAGGGAAAGAGAAACAUGCUUUGUGGAGAGGUGCCAAAAGCUGUUAACUUGUUUGAAGAAGCUGUUCAACUUUUAGUCAAGGAAUGUGGUGAGCUGUCUAGGGACUGUGCUGAUGCCUAUUUCAGUUGUGGGUCUGCACUUUUAGAGCUAGGUCGCAUGGAGACUAAUGUUCUUGGUACUGCCCUAGAAGGAGUUGAGGUUGAGGAGGAAAAAGAAGAAGAAGAAAGCGAACAGUUUGAGAAGCCACCUGCUGAAGAUGACAGUGUUCGACAACAGCUUAGAGAAGAAGUUUAUGAAGCAAUGGCAGAAGGAGAGAGAGAGGAAGACAUGCAAAAGACUGACAAGGAAAUCAAAGAUGGAGAAGAUGGUGGUGCUUCUCAGAUGGAAACAGUAACUGAUGAAAAUAAAGAUAAUGUUGCAGAUAAGUCUGAUUUAAAGGAAUCUAUUACUGCUGCGGGAGAUGCAGAUAAGGAACUUAAAAAGGAAGAGAUUCCUGAGACCAAUAGCACAGUUGAAGAUAAAUCUCUCACAGAGUCUAAAAUUAAUGAGGUAACGCCUGCAGAUAGUAAUACUGUUGCUGACAAAGAUGAGACUAAAGACCAGCUUGAGAAACCUAAACAAGAGGAAGAGAUGGAAGUUGUAGAAAAAAAUUCUGAAAAAAGUGAAAUUUCACAUAAAGCUCAUGAAGAUGCAGCUCAGUCAGCUGAAGCUGAGAAAGAAACAGCAUCUGAAAAUGCUGUUGAUACAGCUAUGGAUAUUGAUGAAAAGAAAGAUGUUGAAUUGGAAGAUGAAUCUGAGGCUGAUAAAGAUGAGGAAGAAACUGAGGAAACAGUUGAUGAAGAAGAAGCAGUGGAAGGUGAUGAAAGUGCUGAUGGAGAGAAGGACGAGGAUGUCCCAAAUUUCCAGUUAGCGUGGGAAUAUCUUGAUCUUGCCAAAGUAAUUUAUUUAAAGAAUGAAUCUAAAGAAGAUCAGCUUAAAGCAGCAGAAUGUCACUUAAAAUUGGGAGAAGUUAGCAUGGAAACAGAACAACAUACAAUAGCUGUGGAAGAUUUACUCAGCGCUUUGAAGAUCCAGCAAAAAUAUUUAGCUCCUGAUGACAGACUAAUAGCAGAGACUCACUAUCAACUUGGUCUUGCUUAUGGGCUAGGAAAAGAAUUUAAAUUAUCUAUUGAACAGUAUCAACUUGCAAUCAGUGUUAUUGAAGCCAAAAUAGCUUCUUUGAAAAAAGUUUUGGAAGAUGAACAGAUUGAUGCUGAAAAUAAAGAAAAUCUUGAAACAAAUCCAGAACUUAAAAAAUUUGCUGAUGAAAUUAAAGAGCUUCAAGAUUUAAUCCCAGAAAUGAAAAACAAGACUGAGGAUGCACGUAUUGAAGAAAAUGAUCUUCAAAAAAUGAAAGCUAUUGUUAAGGAGAAUCUAUUUCCUUCUGGAACUACUAAGGAAUUUGGAUCUCCAUCAAAAAAAAGUGGCGGUUCAGUAACAAGUGGCGAUGUAGAUGAAAAUGGAGAGAGAAAAGCUUCAGACAUUGCACAUCUAGUCAGGAAAAAGAGAAAACCUGAAGAGGAUACAUCAGCACCUUCAGAACAGGAAGUUAAAAAAAUUAGACAAGAAGUAGUAUCAGAUGAUGUGAAUGUUGAAACUAAAGUUGAUGAGGCCAAAAUGAAUGUUGAUGAACAAGUCAAUACUGAGGAAUCUAAAGUCAACAGUGAUAACUCAAAUAUAAAUGUUGAACCAAAAGUCAAUGGGGAUGAACCAAACGUCAAUGGGGAUGAACCUAAAGUCAAUGGAGAUGAACCAGGAGUUAAUGGUGAUGACAUUAAAGUCAGUGGUGAUAUCAUUGAGUCUAAAGUCAUUAGUAAAGUUGAAGUCUCUCCCACUGAAGAUGCUAAAAUGAAUGGUGACACUGAAACACCAAGUAUUGAAACUUCUGCAAGUACUGAAGUGGCACCUAUGGCAACAUAAAUUAACUUUGCGAAGUUAAAAACAUUUCAUGCUUUGUCAUUCCUGCUUUAUUCACUUGUACAUUAAUCAUUUGUGCAUCAUCAAUUUUUUUCUGUGUAAAUGUUGUCUUGAAUUAAUUGUGAGCAAAUCUCCACUUUCAUUUUGUUUAAUGUGAAUUUGUUGUACAUUCAACAGCAUUAAUCAUGUUUAUUACAUGUGAACCCAACUUUGGAUUUGAUUUAUUGUUACCAAUUCAAUUCUAUAUUCUAAAAAUAGUAUUCCAUCAUUGUUGGCAAGUCAGAUUAAAAUGUUGACCUAAAAUG